AUGGGUGUUCACAAUAUUGGCACCCGCUCUCGAUCUCAAAAACCAUCUCAUGAAGAUGAAUUACAACGAUUUAUGAUAGAAAUUAGAGAGAUAAUCACGACCUUCCAGCAAGAGCAAAAUAAGAAGUUUGAUAUCCUGCAAACUGCAAUAAAUGAUGUUAGGAAACAGAAUGAAGAGAUUAUUAAAUCAGUUGAGUUCCUAUCUGGUGAAUAUAACGUUAUAAAAGAUAGGCUUGAUAAGAUGGAAAGGGACAAAAAGAACAAUUUGGAAUAUAUUGCGACAUUAGAGAAUAAAAUCGAAUCUCAGGACAGGAUGCUGAUGGUAUCAAGCCUAGAAAUAAAAAAUAUUCCGCCUGUAAAUGGUGAAUCUAAGACUGAUCUUAUCAAAGUGAUGCAAAGCAUUGCUGAAACAUUAGAUGUACCGGUUCAGACUAGUGACAUACGCAAUAUACAACGGAUAAAUACAAAAAAAACAGAAAAUAAACCAAUAAUAGUUGACUUCACCUCCGUUUUAACGAAGGAAAAACUUAUUGAGCAUUGCAAAAAGUUUAACAGGACGAACAAAUUAACUACAUCUCACCUACAUAUUAAGGGUCCCUCGAAACCUAUCUUCAUAUCUGAAAACCUAACAUAUAAAACUCGCAGGUUAUAUUUCCUAGCCCGAGACUUCGCAAAAACCAAUGACUACAAAUACUGUUGGACUGCUGGUGGGAAGGUAUAUAUUCGUAAGAAGGAAGGAGAACCAACGCUGCGCUUGAAUGGUGAAGAGGAUAUAAAAGUACUAAGAAACGAACUAAAAUUGUGA